UACCGCUGGUAAAAGGGAACGUCAAAAUUAGAAUUUUUAGUUUUCGUAUUAGCAACGUUUUGCACAAUUUGUUUAAUAAAUUCUAAUUAAACUUUUAUAAAAAUGGAUGUUCGUCCGAAUCAAACUAUUUACAUUAACAAUCUAAAUGAAAAGAUUAAGAAGGAAGAACUGAAAAAAUCACUGUACGCCAUUUUCUCACAAUUUGGACAAAUACUCGAUAUAGUGGCGCUAAAAACGCUCAAGAUGCGUGGUCAGGCGUUUGUAAUUUUUAAAGAAAUCGGAAGUGCGUCGAACGCGCUACGAACUAUGCAAGGAUUUCCAUUUUAUGACAAACCAAUGCGCAUCGCUUAUUCUAAGACCGACAGUGAUAUAGUGGCCAAAAUAAAAGGUACAUUCAAAGAGCGUCCAAAGAAGGUUAAACCACCAAAGCCGGCACAAGCCACAGAGGAUAAAAAGGAUAAAAAGAAGAAGGCGGCAAAUGCUGAAAAUACGAAUCCUAAUACACAAACUGAACAACCACCGAAUCAAAUUCUUUUCCUCACCAAUUUGCCGGAGGAAACAAAUGAAAUGAUGCUUUCUAUGUUAUUCAAUCAAUUCCCUGGCUUCAAAGAGGUGCGUUUGGUUCCAAAUCGUCACGAUAUUGCCUUCGUAGAAUUUGCCACCGAAUUACAAAGUAACGCUGCCAAAGAGGCGCUGCAAGGUUUCAAAAUUACACCUUCACAUGCUAUGAAGAUCACAUUUGCCAAAAAGUGAAAAUCCGAUCACAGGCUUGAGGGUAUCUUUACGAUCAAUAUAUUUAAAUUUAAUAUAGCACUAGUGUUCUUUAUGGCUACCCUCACACAUUGUGCUCGGUUAUGUGCAAAAAUUUUGUUUAUAUUUAGAAUUUAAUAUAAUGAAACAAUAAAUCUGAA